AUGCUCAGGUCGUCUCAUCGUAAAAGUCGCCUGCUUCUGUUUGGCGUGUUCGUGGCGAUAUCAUCUCUGUUCUGGGUGUUCAUCGGUUUAAACCUCCUAGGCUCUGACUUCAAGCAACUAGUGACUUCUCAUAUCAAAAAUCUCGAAACAGAAGACGAUUUCACUUCUCAUGGAAUUUUGGACCUCUCAAGUGUGCUAGAAGAUCCAUUGGACUUCGACACUCAAAUCGCAGACGUCCACGAUUCUUCUGGGGAAAAUAGCAACUUAUUAUUGUCUUUUUAUUCCAACACUACCCUGACGUUCGCAUCGCACUUCUACGUCAUCUCGCUGCCACAUAGAACCGAUAGGCGUGCAAGCAUGGAGAUGCUGAGACAGGCUUUGUCCCUGCAAUGGACGUAUGUUCCUGCCGUACGCCCAGAUGACUCACCUAUAAUAGACAUUGUAAAUCGUGUGCAACGUAUUCGACUAGGAGCCGGAAGUCAGCCGGUCGAAGAGUUCGAUUGGCCCAGUGACUCAGAUAUGGACAAACUCUCGCGCUCCGCUUUGCCUCUGGACCUAUCUGGUUCUGAUUUAUGGUCGCUACAAGCUGAAGACUUGCGAGAUAGAAUUCUGGAGGUGCCUCCGAUACUGCCGGUUGUCGACGAGACUCUAUACGAUGGAUCGAUAUCUGCACAUCUUGGCGACGAUCGCAUCACCAAUUUUGCAUCUGAAGCUCAGCCUCUCACUUGUGCAACUAGGAAUCUUACAGCUGGACCCCUUUAUACGUCUUCUCUACCUUCCUACAUGCUGCUGACUUCCGCAAAGAUCGCUUGCUGGUAUUCGCAUUUGGAAAUUAUCAAGCGCAUCGCCAAUGACGACACACAUCAUCCACCCCAAAAGCUUCAAACGGAUGUACACGAGGCUCUCUCGGGGUCUCAGGUGUUGCAUGGCGAUAUAACUGUUAUUCUUGAAGACGAUAUUGACAUGGAACGGGAUGUUAGAGAAAGGCUGCAAGUUAUCUGGGCCGCACUUCCUGCAGACUGGGACAUCGUAUUCUUGGGACACUGCUGGUCAAACGAGAGUUACCAUCCGCCCAUCUUGGACGUACAGACCAAGCUAAGCGGUGGGACCAUCGGUAUCCAUCCAUCGUUUGCACCCAAAUGUACACACGCGUACGCCCUCACGCGCACCGGCGCGCGCAGACUAUGGCUGCAUCUACGACACCCGCCAUUUGCUUAUUCUCGUGCCCUAGAUCAAGCUUUCGCCUGGCUUGUUCUGAGCGGCCGACUCAGGGCGUUCUCCGUAGUUCCUAGCCUUGUGGUACAGCGAAAAGUGGUGGGUAGUGAUAUCGACGGCGGGGGAACCGGGGUGGGUAGUACAUGGAGAGAGCACCUAAUGAAUGGGGUUCUUGGUACAUAA